AUGGCUUCUUCACUAUCAGCAACACCUUCAGCUUCCAUGGGGAGCAAAACCGCCGCCCAUUUGCCUCGCUACAACACUUACAGAUUACCCAACCUUUCGUUUCGGCUCUCUCCCAAACCGAAGUUCCGAUUUUUCCCUAAGGUUGCUGCGGAUGGAUUCUCAAAUGCUGCAGCCUCAACUUCUGCCAAAUCUGAAGUACCAUUACAGGAAGCAAAGGACACUAAUCCAUCAAAUGAUCCUUCAUCUCCCUCUUUGGCUACAGAGGAGUCCAUCUCUGAAUUUAUCACCGAAGUUUUGAGUCUUGUGAAAUAUUGUGGAAUUGCAGUUGAAACAACUCGAUUGCGAACUUUUAAUCAGAAAAAGGAGGCUUUGCCUCAGCCACCAUCCCCUGCUCCACCUACACCAGCAAUGCCAGCUGCCACACUGGCAGCUUCGAGUCCUGCUCCUUCUGCCCCAGUCCCGUCACCAUCGCCUCCUGCUUCCAAACCAGCCAAGUCAUCCCAUCCAGCACUUAAAUGCCCUAUGGCUGGCACAUUUUACAGAAGUCCUGGACCUGGUGAACCGCCAUUUGUGAAGGUUGGAGACAAAGUGCAGAAGGGGCAGGUUGUAUGCAUCAUUGAAGCCAUGAAAUUGAUGAAUGAAAUAGAAGCAGAUCAAACGGGAACCAUAGUCGAGAUCCUUGCUGAAGAUGGCAAGUCAGUUAGUGUUGAUACACCUCUAUUGGUGAUUGAGCCAUAA